AUGAACUGGAAAACCAGCGCAGGGAAUUGCGUGGCCUCUUUUCUGCCCAAGGUGUCUCUUCCGACAGUGCUGACUGAUGGAGGUAGUGACAAGAUCUUCUCACGGGGCCUCCUCCGUUCCCUUCUAGCCAUCCUUGAUGGUCGCAUUUUGCUUGGUGUAGAAUUGACUAGCUUGACACAUUCUAGAGUUUCGUUCGAGAUUGAAGCACACAUUACUUCUUAG